GUAAAUGAAACGCUAAACAUGGCGGAUUGUUAGUGUAAACUUGGGAACCCACAAUGAAUAUUAUUGUGCUUUUUUCUUGAAUUUUCGUUUAUAUUGUGUAAAGGAAUAGCAUCAAAUAUACGCAAGAUGACUUCAUCAGCGAGUUUGCUAAAUAUUUCAUUGAUUAUUUUAUCAGUUGUUACCUGCCUAGCUUCUACCCAAAUGACUGUGAGCACUGUGGUGUCUGACGCUGAACUUGGACAGUGGUUUACCGUUCAGUGUCAGGUGUCUGGCAGCCUGGGGUUGGUUGUUAUCAUUCAAAUCUCAAAGGACAUCGGUUCAAACAAAACAACGCUGGUGAACCACAUCAUAAAUGGUAAUAUUACUACUGAUAAACCACCCACUCGUAUAUCUUACAACAGCGACACCUACACAGUGAAUAUUUCAAACGCCAAUUGCCAAGAUGAAAUUGUUGGUGCUGAACGAGUGAAGUACGUCUGUGAUUUGACGUAUGUCACAACCGCCACGGCCACGGCAACCAGCAGUAAGGAGGUUACCAUCAAAGCCCGCCCCCAAGAGCCAUCAAUCCUCAGCACAAGCCCGGCCUCGCUGCUGUCUGACAAGUUUGUAGUAGAGGGGACAGAGGUCAAGGUCACGUGCAGCGCCAAUGUGGGCAGAGAGACGAAAGGCAGCAUCGUGUGGCGCAUUUACCGCAAUAAUACUCCCGAGUUCGUAUCUGAUGCCCGCGUGAAAUCAGUUGAGCGGACUGGCAGUCCCAGCUGCACCAGAGUGAUGGACAGCACACUGACCGUCGCCUCGGUCAGCCGGUCAGACCAGGACCUUGCCAUUGCCUGCUUUGUGGUCAACAGCGACUUCAACGCGGUCGCGCCAGAAUUGUGCUCCGACCCUGCGGCAGCUUUGUGUCAGCUCACGGAAACUAUCAGGGUGCAUUAUCCUGUGAAGGAGGCCUUCAUCACCGGGGACAACUCCGCCACGGAGGAAGGCAGCGUGACCUUGACCUGUUACGGCUCCGCUGUGCCAGAUGCGACCUAUGUGUGGUUCAAAAGUGGAGACGAGAACCGUACCUUGUCGGAAUCGAACAUUUUGACUCUGACCAACUUGAGCAUCGCGGAAGACGCUGGAGAAUAUAACUGCACGGCAUCCAACAACGUUUCCGGAACUAUCUACUCCGCGUCUCAGAGCUUCAAACUGACCAUAGAUACCUCGGGCGAUGACCAGACCAUCAUCAUUGCGGUGUGUGUGAGCGUGGUCAUCCUCAUCAUCCUCGCCAUCAUCAUCGGCAUCAUCUGCUGGAAGCGGCGGAAACCCAGGAAGGAAAUUGAAGAGCCAUCGGAGAAACCGUACAACAACAGGCCCAACCUGAGCUUUCAGAACCCCCAGCCUGACCUGGUGGCCGACGAGAAGAAGUUUAACAACCCGAGUCUCAACAACUCGUUUGACCAGAAGAACGAGGAUGGUCUCAUGUAUGCUGACUUGACCUACGACAAUCGUCCACGCAGCCGCAAGCCCAUGGCGCUGGGAGACGCCAUGUCGGAUUAUUCUGAUGUCCAGAUGCCUGAAGUAUAGUACAGCUCCCUCUCACACACACACAUACACACACACACGCUCAAACGCACUCAAACACGUGCACUUUUUGCAAAGGUAGACACACGCAUACACUAAAACACAUGGGCCUUUGCUCACAUGCACAUGCACACAUGAGCCUUUGCUCUCUCACACACACACACACACAC